CUCCCCUCUUCCACACUAGUCUGCAAGUACUUUUCUCCACACGCUCGAGGAUUGAAGACUUGAUCCAUGGGGAGCUUUCGAGAUGUUUCUCUGCUUCUUCUGGGCGUGACAUUGUCCUUAACUGUAAGUCCUGUCCAGGGUGGAAAGAUUCUGGUGUUCCCCGUUGAUGGCAGCCAUUGGGUGAACAUGAACCUGCUGAUCCAGAGCCUCCACGCCAAAGGCCAUGAAGUCACUGUGGUCCGCACAGCCACUAGCUGGUAUGUCAAAGAAGAGGCACCACAUUACAGCUCCAUCACUGUCACCUUACCAGAGGCUGUCUGCAUAGAGGAGCAGGACUUCUUUGUAACUUUCCUGGUUAAAAUACUUGAAAUCAAAAAACAGGGGACGUCUUUCAUGGCUGUCUUGAAGUUCUACUGGGAAGUGCUAGGUUCAUUAUCAAAAAUCUACCAACAAGCUAGUCUGUUAGGUGUAGAAAUAUUUGAGAACAAGACUCUAAUGUCGAAGAUACGUGACUCUAAGUUUGACCUGGUUCUUUUGGACCCUGGACUUCCUGCUGGAGUUAUAGUGGCCCACAAACUAAAGCUUCCAGUUGUCUUUAAUGUUAAAUGGAUGACCAGUGGGGAUGGCCAUUUUGUUAUAGCUCCAUCUCCAACGUCAUAUGUCCCAACUUCUGGAAAUGCCGUAUCUGACAAGAUGACCUUUUCUGAAAGAGUCAAAAACACAUUCCACUAUUUUGUCAACAUCUGCAUUGACAAGUUCAUAGCGUGCCCACCCUAUGAUAAAAUAGUAGAAAAGUACUUAGGCCCAGAUGUGAACUUCUAUCAGCUUCUUCAAGGAGUAGACCUGUGGCUCAUGAGAGUGGACUUUGUCUUCGAAUUCCCCAGGCCUACCAUGCCGAACAUGGUCUACAUUGGAGGAUUUCAGUGUAAGCCUGCUGAGGCCUUACCUUCAGAGUUGGAGGAGUUUGUUGAAAGUUCAGGAGAACACGGCUUCAUCCUGAUGUCUCUGGGGACAUUGGUGAAUGGUCUGCCAAUAGAAAUAACUUCAGAAAUCGCAGCUGCCUUUGCUCAGCUUCCUCAAAAGGUCGUAUGGAGGCACGCUGGUGAACGCCCCAACAAUGUGGGGAACAAUACCCUUCUGGUGAAAUGGAUGCCCCAAAACGACCUGCUGGGUCACCCAAAGAUAAAAGCCUUUGUGGCUCAUGGUGGCACCAAUGGGAUCUAUGAGUCCAUGUACCAUGGUGUGCCAAUUAUUGGCAUUCCCCUGAUGUUUGACCAGUUUGAAAACAUUUUGCGAAUGGAAGUUCGAGGAGCUGCUAAAAUGGUGGAUGUAACAAAAAUCACCCAGCAGAAUUUCCUCAAAGUCCUACAAGAAGUUCUCAACAAUCCCUCCUACAGAAACAACAUGAAGCGUCUGUCUGCUCUCCACCGAGACAGACCAAUGCAUCCUCUGGAUGCUGCAGUUUACUGGAUUGAGUUUGUUAUGAGGCACAGAGGAGCUGCACAUUUACGCACCGAGUCUUAUAAGAUGCCCUGGUAUGUGUAUCAUUCUGUGGAUGUUAUAUGCUUUUUGUUGGCCAUCUUGUUUAUGCUGACAGCCUUUGUAGUGGCAGUCAUACGAUUCACGUGCCUUCGAAUGUGCAGGAGGAGGAAACCAAAGCAAGAGUGACUCCUCGAAUGAAGAUGGAUUCAAUUAAAACGUUAUAUUGAUAUUCUAGAUUUUUCUUGUCUUUAACCAAUCACAUUAAAAUACUGAACUCGAAAGUCCUGGAAUACUAUUGUUGCUGCAAUGCUUAUAAGUUUUUGGGGGGGUUGCUUCAGAAAGAGCAUCCACUGUAACAGAAAUGUGCCAAAUCAAAGAUGGGGAGCUUCCUGCUAUGGUGAUCCUUUGUGAAAAAGAGAGCAGUCAAAAUAGCUUCUCUUUCUUCAGAUUUAAUAUUUCAAAAUUAAUUAUCUAAUAUGUACCAGUUUUUCUUUAUUGUAUUUCAGUCAUAUCUAAAUAACAAAUUACUUUUAAGACUCAGAUAGGACAGCAGGUGACUGACAGGUGCAAUAGAUUGAAAAUAAAUUCAGGAAGACAUUCUAAGAAGACUUAAUAAUUUAAACAUGAAAACUUUAAUUCAAAACAAAAUAUUUCCACAUUUUGUGUGAACGGGGCAGGAAUUUCUGCAUGUGUAGUCUAUGAAAUUAAAACACAUUAAGAAGUUUGAGGUUGCAUUGUUGCAUGUGUUGCAUGGGAUUUUAACAGGUAUUAUAAGACAUUUCUUCUUAUUAAAAACCUUUAUUUACAUAUUGAACACUUUUAUGUUUUCCACAUAUAAACACACAUGGUUUGUAUGUUUUGUCUUUCACCUUGCAGUUAGCUACCAAAAUGAGUUCAAUAAGUAAUUCUCCAAUAAACUUAAGAAAAGUGAAUAGCAUGUCAUACAGUUUUUGUGUUAUCCUUGCGUAGAUUGUCUGCUGUUAUGUGCUGUGCUGCACAGUGAUGCAGGAGUAAACAUAUACAAUUAUCCCAUUGAUAGUGGGAGGAGAUAAAGGUUGGCUUAAUUUGUCUGACUAAGCUUUAAGCACAGCAUUUGAACCUUAUAAACAAAGGACCAAACCAUCAGGAAGCCUAAUGCUUAAUAAUUAAACACAGAGUGAGUCUUCAGGCUGAAUCCUCCCGUGGUUCCUGUUCUGAAAGACAGUUAGGACUACAGUCAUCGGUUAGGAUAGAGAAAAAGGCAGAAAAUGUUAGACACAUCUCUGCAGGCUUGGACAGGUAAUACAUUCUCACAUCAAUCAGGCUGCUGAACAAGAGCAUCAUAAGAAGCUUUUCAUAAGCAAUUACUGCUGUAUUAUUAUUUUAUUAAUUCAGCACUAUUACAUUUCUCCUCAAUAUGAUUUGAGUUUAUUACUGACUUUAUAACCUACUGUUUUACACGGAGUAUUUUUUAUUGGUGUUUUACCAAAACAGUAAUUCAUUUUUUUAUAU